GUAAACAGCGAGAGCGAGAGAGGUGGUUCCUGCCCGUGUACCCCCACUGUCCCCUCAACAGGAGGCGGCUGUCUUGACUUACUGCACCAGUGUCCCUUUCACAGAAAGCGGCUGUCUUGACCUACAGCACGAGUGUUAUCUCACAGGAGACAGCUGUCUUCUGUCUUCACCUUCUGCACCAGUGCUCCCUCCACAGGAGGCGACAGUCUUGACCUCCUACAUCAGUGUUCCCAACAGGAGGUGGCUGUCUUGACAUACAUGACAGUAUUCUCCAACAGAACAUAAUUAUCUUUAUCCAUCAUAGGAGGUGGCUAUCUUGAACUGCACCACAGUAUUUCUCCACAGGAGGUGGCUGUCUUGAUCUGCAUCAGUGUUCCUGGAGUUUGGUGGGCUGCCGGUGUUACCUCAGGACAUGGUGGGUGUCUGUCCUGCCGUGCCAGAGCUCAUUUGAAGGUGCUGAUGUGCUUUUGUCAGAGCAGAGUUCAAAGGAUGUGUGAUGUCUAUAGCGUCUGGAGUCAUUGGGGAUCAUUAAAUAGCCCUCAAAUUGGACUUGUUGGGGGCUCUGUGCUCACCAUCCUGGGAAUAGCCAGGGGUAUCUGAGCAGUGCAUUUACCUGCUUUAAGCCAGAGUUAUCUUUCUGCCAAAAGGCAAUGUAUAGCAGCAAGGCUUAAGUAUUUUACCCAGACAAGGGACCAGCAGAGUACAUGAGGAACUGUUCUGUUGUUUCCUAAAUCAACAACAAUAACUACAUCAUCAUCCUGUCAUCGUGCAACAGAGGCUACCCCUACCCUUCCACAGAAACAAUGGCCUCGGUAGAUGUCAUACGAGAAGCCGCUUUAUACUUGGAGUAUUUCCUUAAAGGAAUGUCAGAGUGCAGUGUAAUUGGCAGUUACACAGUUCAGUUUCUAGAAAUGCGGAGCUUUAGUAUGCGUCUCCAGUCAACUUUAGCAUCACAUCUGGUUCAACUUGUUGUAAAUAUGAAGGGACUCCUAAUGAAGUUGGACAGUUCUAUGUUGCCUAUUUGUAAUGCUGAAGUUCAGACAGAAGAAAGGGGUUUGUGUUCAUUGUGCAGAUGUCAGGGAUCCAUAUGUGAACCUCUUAAGACCAUCCCAUUAGAAGAUGCCAAAGACAGACUAGACACGGCUCUUCAAGAGAAAUCUUUUGAAUCACCUGAACUUGUUCACUUGCUUACCUCAGCACCUUUAAGCCAGCUUAAGCAAGAGAUAGCAUGUGUAACAGAAUCCAUUGUUUCUGGUUCUUCACAGUGUCAUGAGGUGGAAAUGGCUGUAAAUGAUAUGGAUUUUAAAGAAAUUAAACCAAAGGAAAUAUUGAAGAUCAGAGAUAAUGGUUUGAUUACAGACUCUCAGACAGAAAAAUGUGUUUUAGCACCGCCAUUGCAUACAACCCUUGAUGACAGUAUUGACCUGGAUUAUACUGCAUCUUCACAGCUUGAAGAGGACUCUCAGGGGGAGAUUUUAUUAGAUGAUCUGAAUGGCUGUGAUGCAGCUCAGUCUGAAGGUCUGAUGUACUCUGUGUACACCAUGAACCCUUGUGGAUCUCUGCAGUUAGUGAGUCGGGUUCUUAGCAAAAGUACUUCAUGCAGGGACUCACUCGAUGAGCCAGUUGAGAGAGCUACAAUAAAAAUUAACAACACGAAAGAUGAUGACUACAGAAGUCAGGCACAACUUGAAUCCCUUAUUUUACAAGGGGAAGAUGUUAAGUCAUCUGAGUUGGAGAUGAAUCAGGAGGAGAUGGUUGUAGCCCCAGACAUUCCAGGCUUUGAAGAGCGGCAGUUACUGAAAUCCACAAACAGAAGAUCAAAUUCAAGAAAAAUUAUUGCUUCACAGGGGAGUCCUGCUGGAACAAUACUAACUGAUAUUGUUAAGUUGGGCCCAGAGGAUCUUGGUAGUGCAACAUGGUGUGGAGUGUGUGAAAAGGAAUUUCCAUCAGCAGGAAGUCUUAAAGUUCAUCUUUCUCGUAUGCAUAGCCAGGUGAAAUGGUGCCAUACAUGUACAAAGACAAUAGAUUCUGAAGAAGAGAUGUGUGAUCAUAUUCGAGAAUGUCAUGGAGACCUACCCUUUAUUUGUAUUAUAUGUGGACAGAGUUUAAGAACCAAUGCUGCCUUCCAGAGACAUAAGGAUAUUCACAAGGGACUGCGUGGAAGUGCCUGUGAGAUUUGCGGGCAAACAUUCUCUCGGACAGAAUAUUACAGAGAACAUAAAAGGGUUCAUACUGGAGAAAAACCAUAUGAGUGUGAAAUAUGCAAGAAGACCUUUAGUAGAUCAAGCAAUUUAUACACUCAUAUGAGAAUCCACAACAAUGAGGAGCAACGUCACAUAUGCAAUGUUUGCAUGAAAUCAUUUGCUCGAGCUGAUAAGUUGAAAGAUCACAUGAUUCGUCAUUUACAGAUAAAACGUUAUGCUUGUCGUUUAUGUCCAAAGGCUUAUAAUGAGAAAAGAGACCUAACCAAACAUUUGGAAAAAGUACAUGCUGAUCACAGUAAUCUUGAUACAUGACAAGUUGUUAUAGCAGGCAGUUCCUGUGUAAUCUUUUCUUAUCCUAUAGAUGUCUUAUUUCUAUUUAAAUAUCAAUAUUGGACAUUUGGUAUCUUCACUAUUUAUAUUUUGUAUUAAAUUAAAUCAUCAGAAUAGAUCACUACAAGUAGUAAUUACUGUUCUUCCAAGUAUGAUGCUUUAGAAUUUCAGAAUGAAAUGUACAGUUAAGCUUAAUAAAUGUAUUUCCUAAUAUAUCUAUUUAAUAAAAAACUACUUUCUU